AUGUCGUCGCCUCUCUCUUUCUCUCAGGCAACGUCACCGCCUCUCUCAGUCACUCAUCAUCGUCGCCGCUCUCAGUCUCUUAGUCCACCUCGCCGCCUCGUCUCAUUGCUCAUCAUCGUCUCUGCAUCGUUAUCUCCUCCUCUUCAGAUGGAGCCUAGCCACUCUAACAUACCUAAUACCUCCAAUCCCCAAACACAAACCGAAACACCUGAAACACAACCUCCAACUCAAACACAACAUCCCACACACAAGGGGAUUAUUGUGGGAGAUAGGAGGAAAACCCGAAAAUUGAAGAAUGAUGGUAAUCAGUAG